AUGUCAUCUGUGUUCCCCAUUCAGGGUGCAUUCGCUGCUCUAGCAGCGCCUCUGCGAGCUUACGGACAACCCUUGCGGCCUCAGGGCAUGUACCAGCUACGUCGUCUUCAUUCUCGGUCCACUUUUCACGGGUUGGAUAGCAUGACAGUCCGAGCUCGCGUUGAUGCUGCCAGCGCGCUAAGCCUGGGCAAGAACUUCCGCCGUCUGGAUACUAGGGCCGAUCAGAAGGGCUUCGCCUCAAGCUCAACCCAAUACUACCCUUCGCAGACGCGACAUCGAUCACAAAGGCUAGCAACGGACGCCUCACGUCCCUAUGCCUCUCCUCGUUCUUUGCCGUCCCUACCUUCCACCUCCAGUCGUGUGCUCUUCGCCCUAGGUCUAGGUACAGCAAUUCUCUCCUCCUGGGCGCUCUUCACAGCACACGCAACCAACAAGGAACGACUGAGCAGCAGUGUUUUAAGAGCUGCGCUGGAUCAGGCAAAGGAGAAUGUCUCGCUCAGAAAGAGGUUGGGCGUGGGAAAGAUCGCUAGUCUGGAUGAAGUGGAUGCUGAUUUAGGAGACGUUAAAUUGGUCAGAAGCUCCUGGUUGCUGGGCGAUGCUUGGGUGGGAGGUGGUAUCAAUAUGAUGCAAGGCCGGAUAGACAUUAACUUUCAGGUCAAAGGACCUUCUGAGGAGACUGCAACGAUCUACUUCAAAUCCUACAGACCUUCUCAAGAGAAGCUCUUUGUGAUUCAAAGGUUUGAAGCGGUACUGGACAAGAGUGGAGAGGUGAUUCCGCUCAGUGGCAGAGUGGGCGGAGGUAGCAAAGGAAUCACAGCUGGCAUCUAA